UCCAACAGGACAAGGUGAAGAGUGGCUCAGUUUUAACUGUGAACUUGUGUACUGCGGUGACUCAUUACCACGGUGAAAGUGGUACAUCUGGGGGCUGUGCUUGCCGGGAGAGGGUAAUGAUUAGAGUUUUAAAGUGUUUGCUGGCGAAAAGAAUAGAAGACUUUUACUGUUCCUGCUCGCUCAGAAGAGGACUGGUUGGCUUUUGCUAAUUCCCUCCCACUUUCCGGAAAGGUUCCACAGUUCUUUGUUCUAGAUAGCGACAACUCUGCGUUAGCCAGGGAACUGCGGAGACUUCCAGGUAGGUGUCGAGGGAGGGAUUGCACGUACGUGUGGCUUCCACCGCGAAGGAAAGAAAUGACUGGUCUGUACUCCAAUGUAAAUAUUGGCUGCUGGUUGGCUAAAGUAUUCAAGAAGGAAGUGUAACACGUCAAGAAGCUCUUGAGAUUACGUGAAGAUCAUGAGUGACCCCAUUGUUGAAAAUGCAAGCUGCGCUGUGAAUGAAUUGUGUUACGAGUGUGGUCAGGCUCACAUGGUCUUGGAGAACCACCUGUACGAUUAUCAGGAUGAAGUGGACGAUGAACUAGUUUGUCACAUUUGUCUCCAGCCAUUGCUGCAGCCUCUGGACACCCCAUGUGGCCAUACCUUUUGUUUCAAGUGCCUAGAGAAUUUCCUCCAAGAGCAGGAUUUCUGUCCCAUGGAUCGCAAGAAGCUUCACUUCCAGCACUGUCGGAAAUCUAGCCUUCUGGUGCGGAAUCUCCUCGAUAAGCUGGUUGUUCACUGUCCUUUUCAACUGGACUGCAACAAGGUGAUGCAGCGCUGUGAACUUGACCCUCACCUCCAGAAUAGAUGCCCCGGUCUGAUGAAGUAUCGAGUUAAGAUUGAAAACAAACAACAGACUAGCUUAAAGGGAAACCAACACACUGUACCAGAUGACACAAUAGGAGCAGCAGAAGGUUCUGCAGCAGCUGCUAUUUCAAUCCAAACAGCUGCGCCUGGACUUGUUAACCCUGCAUUUGAAGAAGAUCAAGAAGAUGAUGACCUGCCUCGGCUGUCCAGCCUUUUGGCAGAAACUACCAUCGUUGAAAUUCAUCGCACAGACCCUCAGGAAGAACUGGGAAUUCAGAUAGUUGGCGGGAAAGACACACCGCUGUGUAACAUUGUGAUUCAGGAGAUUCUCCGUGACAGCCUUGUUGCUAGGAAUGGAAAGCUUGCACCUGGAGAUCAUAUAACAGAGGUGAACGGUAUAAAUAUCACCAGUGUCCCACAUAGCUACGCCAUCAACGUCCUGCGGCAGCCUUGCUCCAUCUCACGGCUCUCAGUGCUCCAAGAAAGAGGGUUUGCCAUUCGAGGACCUUCACAAGAAAGAAGUAGCAGCAACACACAAAAGCAGACUGUGCAUGUAACCUUGCAUAAAAGAGAUCGCAACGAGCCACUGGGUAUAAAACUAAUUCGGAAGGGAGAUGAGGCUGGAGUAUUUAUUCUGGAUCUUCUAGCCGGUGGCUUGGCUGCUCAAGAUGGGAAGCUGCAUAAUAACGAUAAAGUGCUUAUGAUUAAUAACCAGGACCUCAAAAAUGGAACCCCAGAGAUAGCAGCACAAAUAAUACAGUCUAGUGAGGGAACUGUCAGUUUUACAGUCCAGAGGUGCCUUGAUCAACAGAGCCCAGAAAUUAUUGACGAAGCUGCCUCAAGUAACAACAGCCCCUCACGGCAUCGCAGUAAAUCAUUGCAGCAGCAUUGCCGUCGACGCUCUCACUAUCAAAAGGAUUUAUCACAGGCUUCAAUGUGCCUAGAGAAGACAGUUCUGGUGAAAAAGGAACCUCGUGAAUCCCUAGGAAUAACAAUUUCAGGCGGCCGUGAAAAUAAGUACAAGGUUCCGAUAUAUGUGACCAGCAUCCAGCCUGUUGGCUGCCUGUACAGGGAUCGCAGGAUCAAGAGAGGAAAUAUACUCCUGAACAUAAAUGGAGUGGACCUCACACAGUUGAGUUACAGUGAAGCAGUGUCUGUUCUCAAGUUGAAUGCAGCCUCCUCUACAGUGUUGUUGAAAGUCCUGGAAUUCCCUACUACAGAUAUGUCAUCAACAUCAGAGGAGCUUUUGGAGGCGGGCAAGGAGAACAGUUAUGAUUGGUCACCAUUAUGGGUCAUGUGGCUAAGUUUACCAAGUUACCUUCACUGCUGCAAUGACAUUACUCUGUCUAAGAGCAACUCUGAAAGCUGGGGAUUUAGCAUUGUUGGGGGCUUCGAGGACAGCCAAGAAAACCAACCUUUCUUUAUCAAAACCAUUGUACCCGGCACACCAGCAUAUUUUGAUGGAAGACUAAAGUGCGGGGAUGAAAUUGUUGCUGUAAAUGGUGUUUCCACAGCAGGCAUGAGCAACUCAGCUGUAAUCCCAAUGCUGAAAGAACAGAGGAAUCGAGUCACUCUCACUGUCGUCUCUUGGCCAGGAAGUUGUGUGUGAAAAUGGCAAGACAAAAAUUAAUGUCAAGGUUUUAAUCGUGAAAAUGAGCAGUGCAAAUUACCAGAUCACCAAAGUGCAUUUUUGUUAAACAAUUUUCAGCAGCACAGUCCCUGAUACUUGAGUUUUUAAUAAAUUUGUAAAAGCAGGGAAGGUGUGGGGCUUUGAAUAAAGCCCUGCCAUAAAUGUCCAAAGUUAUACAACUGCCAUGUAAUUGGACUUCACUGAGCACGGCUGUGCAGCUCCCCAAAAUGGGACAAUUCAUUGUCUGAUCUUGCUCCUGUCAAUUCAGAGCAUUCUUUACUAGACUUAUUGAACAUAAUUUUUUGAUCUAAAAGAUUAAUAACAAGAUUAUCUGCAUGAGCAGUCAAGCUUUGCAUUCAAAUACCAGUUCACUUUUCUCAGAUCUACUUCGAUGUAGCAAUGAAAAUAAAUUCUAAAGAUUGAGAUC